CAAGUUCACUGGUGUCUGGUGUGAGAGGUUAAAGUAGCUUCUGUAGCCUGCUAUAUAACGUCAGUUGUUUAUGUUGCGAUAUAACGCAACUGAAGGGUUUCCUGGUAAACCACAAAAUACUUGCGCUAUGAUAUAUAUAUAUAUCGCAGAGACGUAAAUAGUAUGGUAAUCUGACUUGGAUUUCAAUUUACGUUUCCCCAUUGAAACGUUUUUGCUGCUAACGCGUUAGCCAGCUAACUUUAAGUAGCCAGCUACGUUUUGUACAUUUUCUAGAAAUGGGACGAGGAGGUGGUCGAAAGCGUGGAAAAGGCCAUGGACCUCCUCCGUUUGACAUGGGUCCAAGGGGGCCUCAUCCAUUUGACAUGGGUCCAGGACCUCCACCGCCCGGUUGGUGUGGGCCGCCUGGACCUUAUGGUCCUUUUCAUGGUGGCCCAGGCGGGCCCCAUCCAGACUUCAUGGGAGAUCAUAUGAUGCACGGACCCAUGCCACAUGAUUAUCCCGGAUAUGGACCACCAGGACCAGGCUACGGGCCAAUGGGUCCCUGUGGCCCAAUGGAUGGAUAUGGACCGCCAAUGGGCCCAGGUGGCCCCAUGGGUGGAUGUUUCAAUGGACCGCCUAUGGAUGGACCAGGAUUUGGGUAUGGUCCAAGUAUGCCUGGACCAUAUGAUCCAAUGAUUGGCCCUGGACCCAUGCCACCCCCUGUUAUGCCGCCCCCUGUUAUGCCACCUCCAGGUGUAGCACUGCCACCCCCAUGUAUUCCCCCUCCUGGCAUGGUGCCUCCAGUGGACAACACCGGCUUUCCUCCACCAUGGCAAAGUGAGGCCAACCCUUAUUCUGUUCCUCCACCGUCGUGGCCCGUACCCGUGACAGCCCCACCUCCAACCGAGACAACUGCUGUGCCUGAUGUGUGGGGACUCUGCCGGGGCUCUGAGAUCCCUAAGCCUGAAGUACCCCCGACGGAAGAAAAGAAGACCAAAGACUCGAAAAAGGAGAAAAAAACAACAGGGAAGAAGACGUACAAUGACAAGCCUCCUCCACCUGGAAGAUCCAAGGGGGUCAUCUCCUUUAUUGGGCCAACAUAUGGCUUCAUCGAAAGAGAUGAUCUCCAAAAAUUUUCCUUUACUUUCGAUGCAUUUCUUGGAGUACCCAAGAACAUGAUACCUGGGGUCAGGGUGCAUUUUACAGCUUACAAAGAGAAGGCUGGAGAGUGUGCCACAGAUGUGUCUGUACCUCCAGGGGGAACUGAAGAGAUCGACUCGACUGUAAUUGAAGGAGUGGUCAUCGCUCCCAUCCCAGAGCAGCAGCCUGGUGAAAAGCAGAAACCUGGCCAAAUUGAAGCAAACAUCGAUGGCAAGGUGAAAACCCUGCUUUACUCAGACAAGGACUGCACCAUUACUCUGUUGAAGGGUGACCAUGUGACGCUGAACUUGUUAACGGACAUAGUUUCCCAAAAUACGAGAGCAACCAAUAUUCGGCCAAAGAUACCAAAUACUUUCCAAGUCACAGGGGAAAAGAGGGAGGUGGGUGUGAUAAUGAGCAUCAAGGGCAGCUCCGGCACCAUCGUGGCCGCUAACCAGAACAACCUGGCCUUUGAGACCAGUGAGAACAUGGGUCGAACCGAGUUUGCCGAUAUGGAUGAGGUGGACUUCACCAUUGUCACAAUCAAAGGGAAGGAGAAGGCCAUCAGAGUUAGAAAGCUGAAUGAGGUUAUAGAAGAAGAACCCAAGGAGAAGGUUGAAGACUCUGCAGGAAAAGACAAGUGGAAGCCAGUGGCCUCUGUGGAGGAUGACCCUCCCCCGAAGACUGAGGCGCUGGAGGAGAUUAGCACUGUGCAGCAUGACGGAAAGGUCAUCAAGGCUGUCCUCAAGGUCUCCAGCAAGAAGCAGGAGAAGGGCCUUUUGGAGGCCUCAGUGGGUGGGACACAGAAGCAGCUAUCGUUCGGAGCUGUUGACAUUCUUACUGAAGCCACAAUGUUUGAUGGAGACAAGGUUCGUUUUAACAUCUCCACCAACAGCGAAACCAAGGAAGAGCGUGCUGUCAACGUGGAGAUUCUCACUGAGACGUUUGAGGAGUCCACAGAGCAACGCAGAACAGGCGUGGUGGUGCAAGCCGGAGAACUGUCUGGGACCAUCAAGAGUCAUCAGAGCCCCCAGCUGCUGUUUUUCCGUCUUACUGAGGUCAUGGAGAAGAACAAAUUGGAAAUCUCAGAGAAGGUGGAGUUCAGUGUCAUACCGCUUGAAACCGCUGAGGAUGGCAACCAAGCGAUUAGGAUCAAGCGCCUCAUUGAAAGUGUCUUCACUCCUGUGCCCAAGCUAGGGGGUGUGGUGGCAAAAGAAAAGAAAAAGAUGACCAUCAAACUGAUGAGAGACCCAAAAGACAUUAUCAAGGCUGUCAAAGUAGAAAACACGGAUGAGCCUAUCAAUGACAAACCUGCUUCGGAGGAGUCAGAUAAAAUGAAAGCAGUCGUAAAAACUCUGCGGUCAAAACCCGGUGGCCCUGGAUCUGGUGGCAAGAACUCAGACACUAGCCGGCAGAGAUACGGGCGCAGUGGCAGAAGCCCCAGCCUGGACCAGUUUGGUCGGUUAAAGAAAAAGCGGAGCACGAGCAGAGAGCGCAGAGAGCGGGGUAGUAGCAGCAGGUACAAGCGCAGUCAUAGCCGGAGCCGAAGUCGGAGUAGAGACAGAAGCAGAAGACGAAGGAGCAGGAGUGGGAGCAGGAGACGGAGCCACAGUCUGGAGAGAAAAGAUUUCAAAUACAGGAGCACCAGCAGCUUAGAAAGGACAUCAUCGAGAAGAAGUCGUAGCAGGGAGCGAGGCGGAAGCAGCCAGAGGAGCUCGAAGAACAGUUCUGGGAAACCUCCAGAUAGAAUGAACGAUGAGCUAGAAAGAAAGAAAAGGGAACUAGAGGCUCUCAAUGAGUUGAUAUACCGUAAGAGAGCCAUGGUCGCCAUGGAGAAACAUGUUCCCAAUUUCCUGCCAGAGGUGCGGCCAAUGGAAAAGGCCUGCUUUGACUACAAUCAUGGAAUGCCAGAGCUUCCUUCACAACUUAAACCAGGCUCUGAAAUCAAACCCAAGUCCAUUUUGAAGAAGCGUGCUGAACAUGUCACAGGGCCACUUUUCCCAAUUCAGACUGACCUCUCUAAAGCUCAACCUCUUGAUCAAAGGCUUGUGGAACAAUACGGUUACGAUGUAGAUGCACCCUAUAAACAACACUCUGUUGAACCACCAUACGCCCAAAAUUCGAGUCAGAAGUCCUAUUAUGAAUGUUCGCCCGAUAGACAUCCUAAUCCUGACUUUUCUGCCAAGUAUGAUCCGUAUGAGCAAACCUCUCCAGUUUGCCAAACAUCUCUUGACCCCCAUUCUUCAAAUCAACCUACUAUUAGCCGAGAGUCUCAGGAAAAGAGCCCCAACAUGAACGCCCAGCUCACCCGUUUCCUCAACAUCCUAAACAAAGGUGUGGAUGCUGGUGUGAUAUCCACCAUGGUUAAGGGGACUCGAGAGGAGAGUUCUGGUAGAGAAGAUGAUGGUUCCAUACCUCAAAAGCGUUAUCGUGAGUCGCGUGGAGAGAAAGAUCAGUACAGGGAUGCAUUCGGGGGAAGAGAGGAGGAGCCAGAGUCCUCGCACAGGACCUUCAUUAGAGAACAAGCGAAGACCUCGGAUGAUUAUGGAGACCCCAGAAACGAAGACUUACUGCCUCACGAGAGGGCAAUCCAGGAGAGUGGUGGCUUUUCGGGAAUUCUCGGAAUGACAACCCACAGCCAGUUCCUGAGACAACCGGAUCGUAUCGAAGAAGAGGAGGACUUCCUGUAUGGGGGUAAAGCCGCAGAAGCUAAGAAGGAGCACUAUGAAAAACCUGGGCGGUCAGACACACACCGGGAUGAUUGGAGAGCCAGCCCAGCCAGAGCCCCAUUGGAGGUGACCAGGGAGCAGGAGAGUCAUGACAAGACACAGCAUUUUGACAAAAUAAAGAGUCUGCUCCAGGCCAUCGGCCUGAACUUGGAAACCUCAGAGGUAACCAAGUUAGCGGACAGGACCCAGGAGCGCCUCUAUGGGACAAAGUCAUCCAAACACUCAUCCAAUUCCUCUGAGAGAGAGACAAAGCACUCCUCUAGGCGAGGAGAUCGUCAUCGGAGCCACACCACCGACUCCUCUGAUUCUGAGCGCCUCAGGUCAGUCUCGCCCUCUGGUUCAUCCCAGCGGGAGGUGUACCUUAGCCCCCAAGACACCUCGGAUUAUGGAGGUUUCCUUGACCCGGAAGAGGAGGCAGCCUUGGAGAAGGCUAGGCAGAUGCAAACCCUCACCAAGACCGUCAGUUCUUCGCCCCCAUGUCCCAGUCCCUCAACGCCUGGAUCCUCCCUCCCCAUUACACCUUGGGUACGUCCUCUGAAGACAAAGCCCAUCAACCCAAAGGGUUGGCCUUCCAGGGACAACAGGACCAAUUAUCUUUCGUCAUUGCAACCCUAUUUGCCCAGGCUCCCCACAGAGCUGUCUCCGUCCUUGACAAACCCGCCUCAGGUUCCAAAUAAUCAACAAGGAGCCGGGGUGUAUGACUACACCUCUCCUGUAGGGCAGUCUCCUGCUGUCACAGAUAUUCCGGUUGCAAUGACUCAGCUCACACAACAAGUGAAUAUAUUGAAUCAAGUCACUGUAUCGAAUCCCACAAGGGAUGUCUUAAAUCAAAUCCUCCAAGCCACGAGCCAGUCCAGAUGCCUAAAGGUAAUUGAAACAGUCCAAAGUGUGUCCGGUGCACAGCAGGCUUCGCCAAAACCUCUACAGAUCAAGACACAAAGCCCUGAAGCUUCUGCUGCUUUGCCUUCUCCACCACUUCAAUCACCAGAGAUUAAAGGACCACCAGGGUCAGAAGAUGACAUUAAGGCCAAGCAGAAGAAAAGGCUGGAGCAGUUUAACCUGCGGAUGAGACAGAAGAAUCAACAAAAGAUGAACGAUAAUCGCGAGAGGAAAUUGAGGAGGAACUCAACAGGAAAAGUUCCCAAAGUUACCUUUGCCAGCACCGAGCCUAGGAAUGUGUGGAUCUGUGGCCACUCGCUUAUAUAUUGGGCAGAGAUGAGGGCCAGGUCACCUGAAAUUGGCAUGCAGCUAGGCAUGGACCCCAGCAGUGUUAGGGUGUGGUGGAAGGGCACACAGGGCAUGACGUGGGCCCAGCUGCUGCCCCAGCUAGACCAACUGAAGAUGAAGUGGCCCAACCCGGACGUGGUCAUCCUGCACCUGGGUGGGAAUGACCUGGGUGCCCAUAGUCCUGAGGCCUUUCUGGCGUCUGUGAAGAAGGACCUGACCUCCAUAAAGAGCAUUUUCCCACAAUGCCUGUUGGUCUGGUCAAACAUCUUGCCCCGGACUUCAUGGAGGCACACAGAGAACAGCGAAGAAGUGGACAAAGUUAGAGCUGCCAUCAACAGAAGGAUUCAAAACAUUAUUGCUGAGCUUGGUGGCACCGCUUUGACUCAUGAAAACAUCACUUGUGGCUCUGAUGCAGGCCUCUACAGGCCUGAUGGGGUUCACCUGUCUGGUAAAGGUAUUGAUACUUUUAACUUAAACUUGCAGGACUUUUUGGAAAAGUGGGAGGCCGAAACAGUCGGUUGUCCUGAGAUGAGUUAAGAAACAGACAGUUCAUCUGUGUUUUAUGGGGGGGUGGGAUUUCUUUUCAUUUUUCUGUAAUUGUUUCCUCACUGAGCUAGAUUUACACCCACAGGUUGAUUGAGAUCUGAUGCUUCUUCCAUCCAAACAAUAUGUUGUGUAUCUACUUUGAUUUAAUGCUGUUGGUAAUUUUCUUUGUUUUAGUAUAGUUAGCAUUAUCCGAUAUUCCUUUACAAAAAUACCAGUCUUUUACUUACUGUAAACAUUUUGUUGGACAGGAAAAUAAUUAUAAUAAACUAAACAAUUGGGAAAUA